ACAGCCAACAAACUUCACCAUGUCGCUCCCGGACUUCAAGCAGAACUUCCUGAGCGACUGCGUGUCGGCGGGCGCACUCAAAUUCGGCACUUUCACGCUCAAGUCGAAGCGCAUAUCGCCCUACUUCUUCAAUGCGGGGCUGUUCCACAGGGCCGACCUGCUGCGCUCGAUAUCUUCGGCCUACGCGCACACGCUGAAGGCGCACGGCGACGCAGACGCCUCGUUUGAAUGGGAAGUCCUCUUUGGCCCCGCCUACAAAGGCAUCCCGCUUGCAGCUGCGUCCGUGGAUAAACUCGCCGACCUGGAUCUUGCCAAGUACGGGCAAAAGAGCUACAGCUUCAACCGCAAAGAGGCAAAGGACCAUGGCGAGGGCGGAAACAUUGUCGGUGCCAGCCUCAAAGGCAAGAAGAUUGUCAUUGUCGACGACGUCAUUACAGCGGGCACGGCCAUCCGCGAGGCCAUUGACAUCAUCAAGAGGGAGGGCGGAGAGUUGGUCGGAAUCAUUGUCGCCUUUGACAGGCAAGAAAAGACUCCCACUCCAAACGACGACGACGGCAAGCCUGGCCCAAGCGCAAUUGGCGAGGUGAGGAAGCAGUACGGUAUCCCCGUGCUUGCUAUCCUCACACUGGACGACGUCGUCGAAUAUCUCCGAAGUCUGGGCGGAGAGGAGGAUUUGAAGAAACUGGACGAAUACCGGGCCAAAUACAAGGCCAGUGACUAGGACGGGAUUCCUCUGUAACAAAAUUAAUGAUACCAUGAUCAACAGGGCUGUGUGCCUAUGUCAGAGCGGGCAGGAGGACAUUUGCUAGCUCAUGGUCGCCUGCUGUAUUCAGUCGUAUACCUAUAGACUUUUCUUUCAAAA